GCCAAACUUUGAUUAGUUGACGGUGGUGAGAAGAAAUCCGUGGAGAAAAUAUGUAUGAAUUUAAAAGAGGGAGGGUCAAUUUCAGAGAUUUGUGGUAGAAAAUUUUGUGUUCUGCCCACGUUUCAUCGAUUCGUAGAUGACGAGCUGCCCAGGAUUUCGGAGACUGCAGUUGUGUAUUGACACUCGGGGAAUUCGUCUCUGCUUUUGGAGGAUUUGGAGCCCCAAACAAGGUCUUUUUCCUUCCUCUUUCCGGAGUUUCUUCGAUGGCGAUAUGGCGGAAGCUUGAGAUUUUGUUUCCAAUCUGUUCGUGUUAAGGAGCUACAGCUUCGGAUCUUCUUAAAAGUUUUGGGGAAGGAAUUAAAAUAUAGAUUCUUUUGAGGCAGAGCAGUUCAAGAAGAAAGAACGAGGAGUGAUUUAGAGGCGAGAAGAGGAGGAGAAACGAAGGAAGUGAUGUACGGUUCUCCCUUGGCCUCCUCCUCGUCGUCGAAGGGCCUAAACCUCUCCCACGCGCCCACCGUGCCCUUUGGCGGCCACCGGGAGGAGGAUGCUGCGUCCGAACUCUUCCGCGGCCACCCACACCAUCACCACCAUCAACAGAUGAACCCGGGCCUCCUCCGUUACCGUUCGGCCCCGAGCUCUCUGUUUGAAGAUCCCUGCGAGAACUCCCUCCGAGCCACGCUGUUGAGCGCCGAGACCGAGAACAAGGGCGGCACGGUCGGUUGCCAGAGGAGCCCUCAGUUCCGGCAACCGCCACCUGUGCUCUCUUCCGAGAUGGUCAGCUCUCAGCAGAGGCCUGCUUACUCCUCUGCUCUGCCGACGAUGUACCAUCACAGUCAGCAGCAGCUGCAGAUGCACAACAUGCCGAAUCAUAGCUUGGCAGAGAUCUCGCAGCGGGCGGUGGGAUCGAUGGCGACGGAGAUGCAGCGAAUCGAGAACGGAGCCGGCAGGAACUCCACCAGUCUCACUCGGCAGAGCAGCUCUCCCGCCGGUCUUUUUUCUCCCUUGGACGUGGAUGCUGGUUAUGGUAAGAUGAUGGGAUUGGAUGGUUUCGGAAAUGGGGAUCUCCUUCCCAUGGGAGACGCCGCAAACAGGCUCAAGGAUCAGAUGAGCUUCCUACCGAGGCAAAACUCCCUGAUGUCUAAGAUCCCCGAGUUGGGGAGCGAGGAGGUACAGAAUGGAGGGAUGAUGAUGAAGCAUGUGUCGGGUCUCAGACAUCAGCUCAGCCUGCCCAAGACCUCGUCGGAGAUGGCCGCUGUCGAGAAUUUUCUACAGUUUCAGGAUGCAGUCCCGUGCAGGACCAGAGCUAAACGGGGUUGCGCCACCCACCCGCGGAGCAUCGCCGAGAGGGUGAGGAGGACUAAGAUCAGUGAGAGAAUAAGAAAACUACAGGAAUUGGUUCCUAACAUGGACAAGCAAACCAACACUGCCGACAUGCUAGAUUUGGCAGUUGACUACAUCCACGAUCUCCAGAAACAAGUCAAGGCAUUAACCGAAGGCCGGGCGAGCUGCACCUGUUCACGGAGCAAGCAGCAGUCUUAGCUGAGCUCACGAGUUCCAGAUUGCUCAAAGACAGACAGAAAUGUAGGUGAUGAUAUCUGAAUUAGAUUUGGAAUAAGCUUUUUACUGGUGGAGGAAGGCCCGCCGUAGCAUAGCCAUGUUGCUUAAGACAUCAUAUACGUGCUUAGUCUUUAUGUAUUCCUGUUUCUUUCAACCAAGAAGAUUUUACGAA